GCCAGACAGGCAGCAGGACAGCGGACAGCGCCACGCAGCCGCUGGGACUAGUACUGGUCACUGCAGGCACGGGACUGCUCCUCGGUCAGUGUGGGCCCCAGUGGAAGGCGGGAGGAGGGGGAACAGCCCGGGUUACUGGGGCGUCGGACACAUAGAGGUCUCCUACUCCAACCCGCAGAGUCCCGAGAAUCCCCCCUCCAACAUUCCCAACUAGCGGUCGGCCCACUUGGACUUGGGGGAACUGACCAUUCCCUGAGACAGCCCACACACUGUUGGACAGCUCUCUUCCUUCUCUCGGGGUCCCAAAGUCUAGCUCCAGGCUACAGUCUUCCAGUUCUGCCGGAGGGGGGGGGGUGGCGGUGUCAGGCAGAUCAAGUGUGAACUCUUGCCCACGAAGACUUGGUCAGGGGACCUGGGCCGCCCCUCUUGGCUACUUUGGUUACCUGUAUAACUCUGGGCAAGUUAAGCUCUCUGGGCCUCAGUUUCCCAGUUGUAAGAUUAAGGGGUUGAAUGAGACAAUCCCCAAGAUCCUUUCCAGUCCUGAACCCUAAAAUUCUAGCAAUGAUUACAUGCAGGGCCCCUGGAACUUUGGGCUGGGAAUGGGGUCAGGUCUGAGUUUUGAGGAGGAUUUCAAAUGGGGCUUGAGAAGGCUCCAGGACUCAUGUGGAGGUUUUCCUGACAAAUCUUUCAGACCAGGGACUGCUGGUCAGCAGGCAGAAGGCACAAUGGCCAUUUUGUGGCCCUUGACCUUGGCCUUAGCCACCAGUCUAGCUAUUGCCCGCCCCCCCAACAUCAUUCUGAUCUUUGCGGAUGACCUGGGCUAUGGGGACCUGGGCAGCUAUGGCCACCCCAGCUCAUCCACACCCAACCUCGACCGAAUCGCAGCCAGUGGCCUCCGCUUCACUGACUUCUAUGUUCCUGUCCCACUAUGUACCCCGUCUAGGGCAGCACUGCUGACUGGACGGUACCCUGUACGUUCAGGGCUCUACCCAGGUGUCCUAUACCCUGGCUCCCGGGGUGGGCUCCCCCUGGAUGAGGUGACCAUGGCUGAGGUCCUGGCUGAGAGUGGCUACCUCACUGGGAUGGCCGGCAAGUGGCAUCUGGGGGUGGGGCCCAAUGGCUCCUUCUUGCCCCCACAUCAGGGAUUCCACCGCUUCCUAGGAAUCCCCUAUUCCCAUGAUCAGGGCCCUUGCCAGAACCUGACCUGCUUCCCACCAGCCACCCUCUGCUUUGGAGCCUGUGACCAGGGCAUUGUCCCCAUCCCACUGAUGGCUAACCUGUCCGUGAAGGAGCAGCCCCCCUGGCUGCCUGGGUUGGAGAAGCAGUAUGUGGCCUUUGCCCAGAACCUCAUGGCAGAUGCUGCUAGGCAAGGCCGGCCCUUUUUUCUGUACUAUGCCUCCCAUCACACCCACUACCCCCAGUUCAGUGGGCAAGCCUUUGUGGGGCGCUCUGGCCGGGGACCAUUUGGGGAUGCCUUAAUGGAACUGGACUCAGCUGUGGGAGCACUGCUGAAUACCGUGGAAAGCCUUGGACUAAUUGAAGAAACUCUGGUCCUUUUCACAGCAGAUAACGGCCCUGAGACCCUGCGCAUGUCCCGGGGUGGCUCCUCUGGCCUUCUCCGGUGUGGAAAGGGGACAACCUAUGAGGGUGGUGUUCGAGAACCUGCUCUGGCCUUCUGGCCAGGCCACAUUAUGCCAGGGGUCUCCCAUGAACUAGCCAGCAUCCUGGACCUGCUGCCCACUGUGGCUGCUCUGGCGAGAGCCCAGCUGCCCAAUGUCACCCUAGAUGGGGUGGACCUUAGCCCCAUUCUGCUGGGCACAGGCAAGAGCCCACGGAAGACGCUGUACUUCUACCCUCCAUCCCCUGAUGAGACCCAUGGGGUCUUUGCUAUCCGGCAUGGGAAGUACAAGGCACAUUUUUUCACCCAGGGUUCUACACACAGUGACAUGGUUGCUGACCCGGCCUGCCAAGCCCUCACCCCACUGACUGCCCACGAGCCACCACUGUUGUUUGACCUGGAGUCGGACCCUGGUGAGAACUAUGAACUCCUGAGCCAUGGUCCCAAGGAGGAGAUUAAAAAAACCAUUGAAACCCUGAAGGAGAUGAGGCUACUCAAGGCCCAGUUUGAUGCUAACAUGACUUUUGAAUUAAGUCAGAUUGCCAAAGGCCUAGACCCAGCUCUGGAACUUUGCUGCAGAUCAGGCUGUUCCCCAUGGCCAGAAUGCUGUAACUGUCCUGGCCCUCAGUAUGACACUCCCCACAAGUGAAUGCAUGGACCUCAGAGUGAUUUUGUGGUCUUUCAGCCACCCCUGUGGCCCCAUUGACCGCUAAUCCUUAAAACUGACAUUCAAGGACUACUCCAAUUCUUGAGCACGCACACAUCCAGCAUGUGCCCUCUUCACACAACUCUCAAGCUCAAGCCACUUCACUGCAUACUGAGCACGUACCAGGAUUGGGGGGUCAAUGGCCAGGGUUCAUAUAUCCCAGCCAGACUCUUCUCCAUGCAGCAAGUUGAGGUAACAAUUGUCACACUACCCUGGGAUUCCUAAGGGUCGGUUAUUUCUUCUGAAAUCUCUAUGUAGAGAAUGCCAACAUUUACCACUGUCUGAAUGGUGAUGCUUUGGGUUAUGGAAUACAGGUCAGACAAUUGGGUUCAUUCAUGGACAUUCAUGGUGGAUUAGAUAAAAGCACAACCUGCAGGUCCUCAACAUUUCAUGUUAAAAUAAACUCUUUACUAAGAUAUUAAUACAAGCAUUAAAUUAAGCACUAAUUAUGAAUCUUCCAAUAAAAUUUAAGGGAAAAUACCAUUUGGAGCAAGAUUUAAAUAAAUAUCAACAUCAAAGCACAA